UCGCACUUCCCAUAAUGAUUUAGUGCACUGUUGCCUGGACUAUGGACUUUGCACCUACAAUCUCAACACCACUUGCAAUACAGCGUUCGUUAUCAAACACACUGCAUCCGAACUUCGAAUACCACCCACAAACAAUCCCAGGAAAGGAAACAGCACUACAUUCACCAUGACCAAAGUUCGACAUCACCCUUUCUUCACAAUGCAUAGAAAAAAAGUCGACGGCCGCAAGGACGAACGCAAGGACGAAAACAAAGACGACCGCAAAAAAGAGCACAAGGGAGACGGCAAAGACAACAAGCGUAAAGAAGAACGCUACGACGAGCGACGAGAGUUCCUGCGCCAGACAGCGAGUGAUACCAGGAAAGAGCUUCCCAGGAUAGCCUCUCAGUAUCGAACAUUCAAUACGCAAGCAUGCACUCUCUACAUGCUCCCCGUCGUCCUCCUGUCCAGCAUAGCUACUACCAACCCACCGGAUCUUCCACCUCUGGACCCUUCGCAAUGUCCCGACAGGACAAAGUCGCAAUCGAUUGCCUCUUUCGUACCACCUGUCUCUCACAAGACCGCCAUUCGUGUCGUGAACGGUGACACGUUGGAUACUGCGCUUUCUCUCUGCCAAGGCCUGACUGUUAGAGACCUUGUCCAAUCGCAAGCCCAAUUAAUCAAUCUCAACGCCAAUGGCAGCACAACUCCCUCAGCCAAACCUACACUUGUCCUAAAUCUCGCCUCCGAUAUCCACGCUGGCGGCGGCUGGCACAACGGCGCCAUGGCCCAAGAAGAAGAACUCUGCUACCGAACCACACUCUCCCACUCCCUCCACAGAUACCACUAUCCGCUGCACCCCCGCUCCGCCCUCUACGCCCCAAACGUCUCCCUCUUCCGCUCGUCUUUCACAACAGGCCACACGCGCUUCCAGGAACCAGACGCGCUCAAUCUCCCCGCCCUCAGCGUUGUCAGCGUCGCCGCGCUCCGACAGCCCGAACUUACAGCAGACGGCGAGGACUUUGCGGAUGAUACGGACCGCGACAUCACCAUGGGGAAAAUACGGUUGGUGCUGAGGGUUGCAGCGACGGAGGGGCACACCAAGUUGGUGCUUGGUGCGUUGGGGUGUGGGGUUUUUCGGAAUCCGCCAGCUGCGGUUGCGAAGUGUUUCUUGGACGUGUUUAGGGAGAGCGAGUUUGCGGGGGGUUGGUGGGACGAGGUUGUUUUUGCCGUCAUGGAUAAUGCGGCGCAGGGCAAGGGAGGGAAGGAUGGGAGUGGGAAUUUCGGUGUUUUCUAUCGGGCUUUGGAUGGCCAGCUCGUUUAGACAGUUUGAUUGUAUCCGGGGAACGAGAAUGACCGAGCCUU